ACAUGUGCGUGUCACAGCCGGGCCGCCUGCUCUCACGGCGGAGGGGGAGGGCGCCUUUCGCAUGGAGCCGCUCGGUGAGGGCAGCGUAUCGCCGGGCCCUGUGAUGCAGCACUCGUGUGCGGACAGGCCCCCCUGCUAGGCGCUGCCUGCACUCGGCAUACGGGGCGGCGGAGGCGCGGGGCUUGGCCCCACUCCAUGGAGACCAAUGGCAUCACUCCCACCCACCCCCACCGGACCCGAGCCCGCCGGAACACACAGCCACACACUUCAGCCCACCAUGGCCCCGUCACCGCCGCCGCCGCUCCAGCCCUCGGCGAGUGGAAAGGUAGAAGGCCAACCCAAUGGUGACACAAUCCCAGGUGAGCAAGCCAACCCUUCAGAUGACACUGGUGCUGGGAGUCGUCAGAAUGAUCAGAUAGUGCAGAAAAUAGAGGAAGUGCUCUCUGGAGCCCUUGAUACAGAGCUGCAGUGCAAAUCAGAUGUAGACAAAAAUACUGUGAAAAAUAGUGCUCAGUCUACAAAAAGAAGCUCUACUGCUGAAGAUGAAAUUCCUAAGAAAAAAUCAAAGAAGAACAAGAAACAUAAAAGCAAGAAGAAGAAGAAAAAGAAGAAGAAAAGGAAGAAAGAGAAAAAGCAUAAAAAGCAGCCAAAGGAGUCAAAGUUGAGUACACAUCAUGGAGACCAGGCAGACUUGCAGCCUGCUUCUCAAUUGAUGCCAGAGAAAUCAAGCUCCCAGCUGACUUUACAGCAUGGAGGAUUGGGAGAUGCAAAUCUAUCUGUCCACUUGCAUCCAGCAGAACUGUGCUUAAAAGCAAGUGAAGAGCUUGAUAGACAAGCUUUAGGACUUGUUUCUCAUUCAAGAACUGAUUCUCAGCAAUCUAUGGAAAACCUUGGAAAUGAGAAGGGGCCUUUGUGUGCAACAAAUCCUCCAUUUAGAUUAGAAAGCAGUCAAUCUGAUAUGCAAGAAAAUGCUAGUAUAACUCUUUGCACUAGAGAGGAACAAAUUAAACAGACUCAUGAAAAUGUUUAUCCUGUAGCUAUUAAUGCAAGUGAAAAGGGUGUUCUUGUUACUGGAAAUGAUACUUCAUCUAGCAUCCUGUCUGGUGUUGCCAAUAAAUCUGAAAUGCAGAAAGGUUCAGCAGGAAUUCUAUCUUCAGAGGUAACAGAAGCACUAAAAGGUUCAGAAGUUAUUCUAAAAUGUGAAGACACUGGGGAAGUAAAAGCUUUGCAUACAACUCUUGAGUCUGAGACCAUGGAGGUAUUUCACUCUGAACCAUCUCUACAAUCUGUGGCACAAUGGGGAGCAAAAGAGUUAGAAGCAACUUCAGACUCUGCAUCUCUGGCAAGUGAUGUGACAACAAUUACUAAAUCUGCAAAUCGGGCAGAUCUGAAUACUGUGAUGGUAGCUCACGUGGCUAUGGCCAUGGAAGAAGUGAAAAUUCCAGAAGCAACUGAAAAAUCUCUGUCUGUGGGGACUGUUAGAGUUUUGGAAGAAGCUCUGCAGCCAACUGCUACAGUGAAACCCCAAACUUUGGAAAAAAUCAUUGAACCUCUGGCUGUUGCAGCAGAAGAUGUCAGAGAAGCUCGAGAAUGUCUGCAAGUUGAAGCAGUCAAAGAUGUGGAAUAUACCACUGAUGCUGCACCAGUGCUGAAUGCAUCAGGAGUGUUGAUACAACCUAAAGUCUUGACAGAUACAGGAAGUGUGGGUAGAACUCAGGAAUCUGCACUUCCAGCAGGCGUGACAGAUGUGAAUGUGGUUACAGGGGCAGAAUGUUUAAGAGCAACUUCAGAGCCUGUAGACAUUCCCCAAACAACUCCAGAAAUCCAGAUGGCAGAAAAUUUUAAAGGUCCACAAGCAACCAUGGAAGUUGCACCACUAGCAGGAGUAAGAGGUCAAGAAAUAAGUCAAACUGCUCUGCAACUGGAAAAUACCAACACUUCACAAAUUUCAAAUGUGAGAAGUUUGAAAGCAACUGCCCUGUCUCUGCAGAAAGAAGACGUGAGAGAAGAUAUGGCAGGAGUAGAAACAGACUCAGAUGCCAGUCUCUUAGCUAUGAAAGUAGGGCCUAUGAGAGCAGUGAAAGGUUUGGAAACAACUAUGGGACCUGUAGCUGACACAGAAAAGAAGGAUUCAGAAGCAGGCUGGGACAGAGCUGGGAUAGAGACAAAGGCAUCUUCAUCAUACCUACACAUGAAAAAUGUGAGAGAUUCAGAUGAUACAGUAUCUGUAGGUAUGGCAAAGAUACAAGCUCUGGAAGCAAUGUUGCAGCCUGGGACCCUGGCCAUGGCAAGUGGCUUAGAAAAUGUGUGUUCUGAGGCCAAAAUUGGUAGCAAAGCCUUGGAAGCAAGUCCAGGACGUUCUGCCUUAGAAGAAAAGUCAGAGAGGACACCUGAAUCUGUGGGUCUAGGUGUAAGCAUGGAACCAGUAGAAGGAAUGAUGCAUUUUAAAACCACAGCAGAGAGAGAACCAAUCCAUUCAGAAACAGGUGCAGAAUCUCUUGAUGCAAGUAAAACAGAGAGUGUCACCAUUUCUCAGUCUCAGGUUAUGCCACAGACAAUAACCUUGCAAACUGAGUUGUUACGGGAGAUAAGAGGCUCUCAGCUAGCUGCCAGUUAUGCCACUGCAGAAGUGAGAAGUUUAGACAACUUGUCAGAAGUCCAGGCCAUUGCAGAGGUAAAAGAUGUGGAAGCAAGAUCGAAAACUUCACACUUAACACAGGUAGUUGUGGAGUCUGAAACAAGAACUCUAACGCAAGGCUCAGGAAGGAGAUUAGCAUCUGAAGCAAUACUAGAACCUCUGCAAACUUCAGAAGCAAGUUCAGGAUCUGUACAGGUACAAGUAGGAGGCUGUUCAGAAACAGAGUCUUUCCCCAGAGUGGAAGGAAUAACUACAGCAUCAGAAACAGUGGCAGACGUGACAAACUUGAAAGCUGAUGAGGGAACUCAGGGACCUACUGUAGAAUAUAUAAUUGCAUCAAAGAGGACAAUUUCACAGAAAAAUGAGCCUUUUCUUAUCAAUGCAAAAGAUUUGGAAGACGCUUCAGAACCUGAGAAAAUAAAAGCAGAAUAUUUGGACCCAAUAUCAAAAGCUAGAGAAAUUAGGUUGAUGGAAAGUAUGAAAGAAACUGCAACAGUAGAGGUGAAAGAUUUGGAAACUGCUCAAGACCCUGAGAUACACAUGGAUAUCCAAAGUCUGGAAACUUUGCAACAAUCUGGAAAUACAGAGGUGAUAAAUGUUGUAGGGGAUGAUUCAGAAGCUGUUCCAGAAUCUUUGCACACUGAAAAGCAAGAAUAUCUGCAAGCUUUUCUAGAAACAAAACCUGCUGCAGAGUGGAAGAGUACAGAAGAGGCUCCAGAAAUUUUGAUUGCUGCUGAGGUGACAUCUUCUGAAACAGUUUCAAAACCAGAUUUGGAAGCAACACUAGAGCGUGAAGUGGCAGCAGAAGCACAAUAUGCAGAAGAGAUGCUGGAUCAACAAAUGGAAGAUGUGAGAGUUCGAAGUCAGUCUCAGGAAUGCAAGAUACUUGUUGAGAAGCAAGAUGCAGAGCAAACUCAGGCAUCUGAGCCUUUAAUAGCAGAAGCAGACUUUAGUUGUUCACAUGCAGUAGAUGAAAAAGAUUCAGCAGGGACUUCUGAAUCUGAAAUAAUCAGAGACACAAACCAUCUGGAAGCAACUCCAGCUCACAUGGUAGAAACAAAAGAUUUAGAAAAAGCUCCUCUUCCUGAGACUGCUGUAGAGCUCAAAGAUGCAGAAGCAGCUGUGGGACUGGGGACAGAGAAAACGGAUUUGGAAGCAGCUCCAGUACCUGAGAUUGUUACAGAAGCAAUUACUGUACCUGAGGCAGAAGCAAGCCAGUUGGAACCACAGGCUGAGGCUGUCAAAGAGGCAACUCCGGAACAGGAGUCAGAGAAAAGAGAUUCAGAAACAUCUGAUGUGCAACCUGAUGUGGCAGCACGAAUGAAAGAAACUCUCAUGAGACUUGAGAAAGUUAUUGAAAAAAGUAGCCAUAGAAGCAGUGAUAAAAAACAUGAUGCAAAGAAACAAAAAAGGAGUCGCUCCAAGUCUCAGUCCAGGUCUAGGAAGCGGAAGAAAAAAUCAAGGUCACGUUCUACUUCCAGGCGUUUGGCCUCUAAAAGAGCACGUUCCAGGAGUAGAAACUACUCUGUUUCCAGGAAAAAGCGUUCCAAAUCUAGAUCCCCAUCUGUUGAGAAGAGUGAGAGAAGAGUGUCUUCACGGAGGUCCAGGCGCAGACGUUCUGUGUCAUCUGACCGUUACAGGUCUAAAUCCAGAUCGGCAGAAAAAGGAGGAAGCAGAUUGUCCUCUGGGAGGUCCAGACACAGACGUUCCAGGUCAUCUGACCGCUACAGAUCUAAAUCCAGGUCAGUGGAAAAGAGACUGUCCUCCCGAAGGUCCGGGCGUAGACGUUCCAGGUCUUCUGACCGCUACAGAUCUAAAUCCAGGUCAGUGGAAAAGAGACUGUCCUCUCGAAGGUCUGGGCGCAGACGUUCCAGAUCUUCUGACCGUUACAGAUCUAAGUCCAGGUCCGUGGAAAAGAGACUGUCCUCUCGAAGGUCUGGGCGCAGACGUUCCAGAUCUUCUGACCGCUAUAGAUCUAAAUCUCGGUCAGCAGAAAAGCGACUAUCCUCGCGAAGGUCUGGACGCAGACGUUCCAGGUCUUCUGACCGCUACAGGUCUAAAUCUCGGUCAGCGGAAAAGCGACUGUCCUCACGAAGGUCUGGGCGCAGACGUUCCAGGUCUUCUGAUCGCUACAGGUCUAAAUCUCGGUCAGUGGAAAAGAGGGGAAGCAGAUUGUCAUCUUGGAGAUCCCGCCGCAGACGCUCCAGGUCCUCUGACCGUUCUAAAUCUAGAUCUAGGUCUUGGAGGUUCAGGCACAGAGGAUCUGGUUCUUCUGAUCGUUCAAAAUCUAGGUCAAGAUCUGUUGAGAAGAGGGGUCGGAAGGCAUCUCUACGGAGGUCUAAACGUCAGCGCUCAAAGUCCUCUGACCGUUACAAGUCCAGGUCCCGAUCAGUAGAAAAAAGAGAUCGAAAGCAGUCAUCGCGGAAGUCUAAACGUCAGCGCUCGAAGUCCUCUGAUAAGUCUAGAUCCAAAUCAGUGGAAAAGAAGAAGGAGUCCUCACGAAAAUCUAAGCGUCGCCGCUCAAAAUCUUCUGAACGCUACAAGUCAAGGUCCAGGUCUGUUGAGAAAAAGCGUAAAGAAUCUUCAAAAAAAUCCAAAAGGAAACGUUCCAAGUCCUCUGAUAGUGUUAAGUCAAGGUCCAAAUCUACAGAAAAAAAAGAGAGUAAGUUAACCUCAGAAAAGGGCAGUGGCAAGCAUGUGAAGUCUUCUGAACAGGAGUCAAGCAAAUGUCUUGAAAAAGUAGAAGCUUCUGGAACUAUUGAAGGCAGCUCUUCCAAAUCCUCUAAUGGUCCCAUGUCAGUGUCUCUAUCUGAUGACAGAAUAAAUGGCCCAGAGCUGCCACCAGUAUCUGAAAGUGAGUUUUCUAAAACUUGUGAGAACCUGGAAGAAACACCAAGUCAGCAGCCUUCUGUGAUACCUGAAUUGGAUAGCUCCAAACCUCCAGAUGACCAGGAAUCCACACCUGCAGAAAAAACGCAGGUUUCAGAGCUUUCUAUGACAUCUGAAAAUGGAUCAGCUGAAAAAGCAGGGCCGCCAGAGUCUCUAUCACUACCUGAGCUUACAUACUCCACAUCCAAAUCAAGGUCCUCAUCUGUUGAAAAAGAAGAUCCAGAGAUAACAGAACUUCAGUUAACCACAUCCAAUGAAGAUGAGUCAAGAUCUACCUCUGUCAAAGAAGUAGAGGGUCCAGAGCCUCUUCCCAUGCUUGAAAGUGGAUGCUCUGUAUCUUCUGAUGAUUACAAGACAAUGUCCUCUGGAAAAAUGGGGUCUUCUCUCAUACCUGAAAGUGUACCGUCUGACUUGUCUGAUGGUCAUGAAUUGAGACAUACCCCUACUGAAACAGCAGAGCUUCAGAAGUUUUUGCAAGUACCUGAAAGUGAAUCUUCGAAGUUGGCUGGCAGCCCUGAGUCUUUUGGAACAGCAGAGGUUCAAAAACGUUUUCUGGCACCUGAAGUUACAUGCUCUGUGUUCCCUGAUGUCUGUCAGUCAGCUUCCUUGCCUAUUGAAACAGGCCAGAUGCAGGAGCCUUCUUUGUCUUCUGACAGGGUAUGCUUCAGGUCUCCUGAUGGACAUGUAUUAGGAUCCAGCUUUGCUGCACAAACAGAGAAGCUUCCAUUGCUCUCUGAAGAUGGGUCAUUCAAAUCACCUGAUGGAAAUGAACAAAGAUCUGUAUCUGUUGAAAAAGUCAAGGCCUCAGAUGCUUCUGUGAUACAUGGGUGUGGUCCUGUUGAGACUUCAGAUGACUUCAUUUCACCGUCGUCAUCUGGAAAAAUGCAGGAAGUUGUACUGACAACUGCAGAGCAAAGCUGCAAGUCUCAUGAAGUUCAUGAAUCCAGCUCAUGUGUUGACAAAGAUACAGAUAGUCCAGAACUUUCACAAGUACGUGAAAUUGACUGCUCUGAAUCAUCUGAAAUGCAUGAAUUGAGAUACCUGCCUGCUGGAAAAAUGGAAGGUACAGGAUCUGUCUUGAUGUCUGUGAGUGGAAUUCCUGUGUGCCAUGAUGGCCGUAAUUCACAUAAUUACUUUGAGAAAACAGAGCGUGCAGAACUGUCGCUGGCAUCUGCUCAUGGAUGUUCUGCCUUUCCUGAAGGCUAUAAACUGGCAUACACCACAGCCGAAAAACUAGAGAUGCAGAAGCCUUCUCUCACAGUGGAACGUGAGUUCCCUAACUCUGCUGAUACUUGUGAUUCAGUAAGUACACCUACUGAAAAACUUCAGGCCCCAGUGACUUCUCUGACAUCUGAUGGUGGGCUUUUCCUGUUGCCUCACAGUGAAGAAGGUAGACAUAUCCCUGAUGCAGAAGUAGAGGUUCAAGAGACAUCUGAACUGAAAUGUAUUGCAUCCCAAGAUGGCCACAAGUUGAGAUCUGCCUAUGAUGAAGAAACACAGGUGCAGGAGCCACCUGUAGUAGUGGAAAGCAGAUGUUCUGUUUCUGCUGAUGGUUGUGAGUUGACAGCCACUGCUUUUGAGAAAGUUGAUGUAGGGGAGCCUUCUCAAACAUCUGAAAAUGAAUACAGAAUAGUGCUUGAUGGCCCAGAGUUGACAUCAAUCCCUGCUCAAAAAACAGAGAUGCAGGAACUUUAUCAGAUGUCUGAAGAAAGAUGUUCAAUGCCUGUUGAAAGCCAUGAGUUGCAGUCACCUGCUGUUGAAAAGACAGAAAUACAAGAGCCUGCUCUGACAUCUGAAAAUGAGUAUGCUGUAUCUUGGGAAGCCCAUGAGUUGAGAUGUAGCUCUCCUGAAAAGCCAGUGAUGCAGGAGGCUUCUGUAGUAUCCGACAAUGAUUAUGCUGUGUCUUCUGAAGAGCGUGAAUUGCUGUCUUCCAUUGCUGAAAAAGCAGAGGUACAAGAGUGUUCUCUGCAGUCUGAACAUGAAUAUACUGUAUCUCCUGAAUGCCAGGAAAUGACAGCUGGACCUGCUGAAAAAGAGGUGCAGCAGCCUUCUCUGAUACCUGACAGUGCAUAUCCCAUCUUUCCUGAAGACCAAAGAUUACAGUCUGUUGAAAACACAGUGGUGCAGGAGCCUUCACUAGUAUCAGAGAGUCAAUAUGCUGCAUCCCCUGAGGAGCGGGAAUUGCACUCUGCUGUUACAGAAAAAACAGAGGAGCAGGAGUGUUCUUUAUUGUCUGAAAAUGAGUAUGAUGUGUCUCCCGAAGGCCAUGAUUUGAGAUCCAGUCCUGUUGAAAAAGAAAUGGAAGAACCUUCAGAAACAUCUGAAAGCGAAAGUUCAAUGUCCACUGAUAGUCAGGAGUUGCAGUCUACUGUUGUUGGAAGAACAGAGGUGCAGGAGUUGUCUUUAAUGUCUGAAGGUGAGUGUGCCAUGUCACCUGAAAGUCAGGAGCUGCAGUCUAGCCUUGCUGAAAAUGUAGAGGCUAAGGAACCUUGUCUGACAUCUGAAAAUGAACAUGCUCUGUCCCAUGAAGAAUAUGAAUCAAAAUUGAGUCAUGCUGAGAAAACUCAGGAUAUGGAUUCUUUGACAUCUGAAAAUGAUCUUUUGUCUUUUAAGAGCCAGGAAGUAAGAUUCACUGCUGUUCAAAAUGUAGAUGUACAGGAGCUUUCCUCAAUACCUGAAAAUGAGCAUACAGCAUCCCCUGAUGGCCAGGAGUUGAGAUUCCCUGCUGCUGAAAAAGUAGGUGGUCUAGAAUCUUUGACUCUAAAUGAAGGAGCUUCCAUGUACCAUGAUGACUUGCAAUCCAUCCCUGUCGAAAAAACAGAUGAUGCAAUACCUUCUGUAAUGCCUGAAAGUGGCUGCUCCAUGUCCCCUGAUGGUUACAGUGUGAAAUCUGGCCCUGGUGAAGAAACAGGGGAUCUAGAGCCCUCUUUGGUAUCUGAACGUAGGCAUUCCACAUCCUCGUAUCAGGAAGGUCAUGAGCUGAAAUCUCCUCUGGAGGAAGAGGGUCUGGAGUCCUUGAAUUCUGAUCAUAGACGAUCUGUGUCCCCUGAAGGCCAUGACCAGAAAUCUGCUGUAGAUGAAGAAAUAGAUGAUCUGGAGCCUGCUUUGAUGUCUGAACGUAGGCGCUCCACAUCUCCUGAUGAGCAUGAGUCGAGAUCUAGCAUUGAAGAAGCAGAGUAUCUGGAGCAGCCUUUGACAACAGAACGUAGAUGCUCCGUGUCUUCUGAUGAGCAUGAGUCAAGGUCUACCACUGGGGAAGAGUUAGAGGAUGCAGAGCCCUCCUUGAGAGCUGAACGAAGAGACUCCAUAUCGUCUGAUGAGCAUGAAUCAAGGUCUACUGCUGGUGAAGAUGUAGAAGAUGGGGAACCCUCUUUGGUAUCCAAACGUAGGCACUCCACAUCCUCUGAUGACCGUGAGUCAAGGUCAACCGGUGAAGAAGUAGAGGAUUUGGAACCUGUGACAGCUGAUCAUAGACGCUCUGUGUCUCCUGAUGGACACGAGUCAAGGUCAACCACUGGUGAAGAAGCAGAGGACCAGGAGCUCUCUUUGACAGCUGAACGUAGACACUCCACAUCAUCAGAUGAACACGAGUCAAGGUCUACCAUUGGUGAAGAUGUGGAGGAUAUGGAACCCUCCUUGACAGCUGAACGAAGAGAUUCCACAUCAUCAGAUGAGCAUGAGUCACAAUCUACCACCGGUGAAGAAGCAGAAGAUAUGGAACCCACUCUUGCAACUGAACAUAGACAUUCCACAUCCCCUGAUGGUCGUGAAUCAAGGUCUACCACUGAAGAUGAUGUGGAGCCCUCCUUAGCAGCUGAACGAAGAGACUCUACAUCAUCAGAUGACCAUGAGUCAAGGUCUACCACUGGUGAAGAGGGUGAGGAUGUGGAGCCCUCUUUGGCAGAUGAAGAUAAACAGGAUUCCAUGCCUCUUGAGAGGCUGGAGGAACAGGACUCUUCCUUUAUACCUGAAAGCAGGCAUUCUGAGUCUUCUGAACGUGAAAAGUCUAGAUCCAAAUCUGUUGAUCAAACAUCUGACAAAGAGUCUUCACAAAGAUCUGUAAGCAGACACUCAAAAUCUCCUACUGGCCAAAAAAGUCGAUCCACAUCUGUAGAAAAAGCAGCAGACAGAGAGUCUUCACGGAGAUCUAGACGUAGACGUUCCAGGUCUGCUGCUCGCCAGAAGAGUAGAUCCACAUCUGUUGAAAAAGCAGAUGAAUCCUCCCGGAGGUCAAGGCAUAGACGUUCCCGGUCCAUUGCUCACCAAAGGAGUCGAUCGACAUCUGUUGAAAAAGCAACAGACAAAGAGACUUCACGAAGAUCUAGACGUAGACGCUCUAGGUCCACUGCUCGCCAAAGGAGUCAAUCCAAGUCUGCUGAAAAAACAGCAGACAAAGAAUCUUCACGUAGGUCUAGAAGCAGACGCUCCCGGUCCUCUCAGCGCAGAUCCCAGAGAUACGAUACAGAAUCUCACUCUAGACGGAAUCGUUCUAGAUCAGCAACACGGAGAAGAGCGUCAAGAUCAAGAUCUAAUCGUCGCUCUCGGUCUAGCUCGCUAUCACGUUCAAGGCACAGAAGGAGGAGUAGGUCAAGGUCAGCAUCAAGAAGGCGACGUUCUUUAUCAAGAGACAGGCGCAAGAGAUCCCAGAGAAAUAGAUCAAGAUCUACUGACAGAAGAAGAAGAAGAUCAGAUUCCAGAGAUCGAAGAAUAUCACUCAGAUUACGGAGCAGGAGUCGAACACCUAUUCGUCAAAGACGAUCAAGGUCAAGAGGAAGAAGACGGAGCUCUAGUAGGUCGCCAAUUCGACUACGGCGAUCAAGAUCUUCAGGGAGAAGAAGAUACAGCAGAUCACCUGAUCGUCGCAGGUCAAGGUCAUCAGAACGAUUUUCAAGCAGGUCACCUAAACGUCUUACAGACUUGGACAAGGCCCAGCUACUUGAAAUAGCCAAAGCUAAUGCAGCCGCUAUGUGUGCUAAGUCUGGUGUUCCCUUACCGCCAAGCCUGAUGCCUUUGUUAUCUCAAAAGAAGGACGAGAAAGCCAAUCAGAAGUCAUCAAGAGAUACACUGAAGGAGCUCACUGAGAAAUGCAAGAAGAUUGCUCAAAGCACAGAUGAUGUGAUAGUGAACAAACCUCAUGUUUCUGAUGAAGAGGAGGAAGAACGUCCUUUCUAUAACCAUCCUUUUAAGCUCAGUGAACCCAAACCUAUCUUUUUUAAUUUGACUACUCCUAGCAUAAAACCAGCACCACCACCACAACCAAAGAACCAGGUCAGCCUGUCAAAGGAAUUCCCUGUUUCAUCUGGUUCUCAACAUAGGAAAAAAGAAGCGGAUAGUGUGUAUGGAGAAUGGGUUCCAGUUGAAAAAGGCAAAGAAGAUAGCAAGGAUGAUGUUUUCCCCAAACCAUCCAUUGAGGGCGUGGACAUAACUACAGCUAUGAAUGACCGAGCGCUGGCUCAGAAAAGGCUCAAUGAAAACACAUUUGAUCUAGAGGCCAUGUGCAUGUUAAACCGUGCACAGGAACAGAUUGAUGCCUGGGCUCAAUCAAACUCCAUACCCGGCCAGUUCACAGGAAGUACUGGAGCACAGAUACUGUCCUCAGACGAGCUGACCAACAGUGGUCCCCAAGCAUGGAUUAGAAAGGAUCAGUUCUUAAGAGCAGCCCCUGUAACUGGAGGAAUGGGAGCUCAGCUGAUGAGAAAAAUGGGCUGGAGAGAAGGAGAAGGACUUGGGAAAAACAAGGAAGGCAGCGUUGAGCCUAUUAUGGUUGAUUUUAAGACCGAUCGAAAAGGGCUUGUUGCUGUGGGAGAGAAGGCACAAAAGAGAUCUGGACAUUAUGUUGUGAUGAAGGAUCUUUCAGGUAAACACCCGGUUUCUGCAUUGAUGGAGAUCUGUAACAAAAGAAGAUGGUCACCACCUGAAUUUGUGUUAGUGGAUGAUAGUGGGCCUGAUCAUCGCAAACAUUUUAUCUUUAAGGUGAGAGUCAAUGGAAAUGAAUAUAGGCCUACUUUUGCCAGCCUUAAUAAGAAGCAUGCUAAAGCCACAGCAGCAACUGCGGCUCUCCAAGCGAUGGGACUUGUACCAAAGGAAAGCAUGGUUAAUACCACCAUGUUUAGGAGUGCCUCACACCGCUAGAUAUUGUUUUUUAUAUUGACAUUAUUUCAGAAAAUUAUACUCUGCACAAAAAAUGGUAUUUGCCCUUUCGUGUUUGUAAAUACAUUGGCAAUUCCCACCUUGUAAAAACUGUACAGACACCUUCAGGUUUUUCUUUUGUACCAUCAAAAUGUAUUUAAAUCAUACUUAGUUUUUGGUAUGUUUAUAUUGUUUACAUUAGUGAUGUAAUUAUUUCUUAAAUGACUAAAUCAGACAACAGACUCUGGAGGCAUCAGUAAUCCAAACAAACCCUUGUUUAAAAGCCCAUGCGACUCCUCUUCAGUACGGAAUGUUAACUCUUUCAUACUGUUUUGUACUAUGCUGCAGUUUUCCCUGGUCUCGGUAAAGCUGCUUGUGGGCUUUUGCCAGCAGCUGGUAAAAGGUCACGGGGCUUACUGUAGUCUAGUUGAGGCUGGCGUGUACUGCUGGACAGAUACUGGGCCAGUACUGUGACCCCCGUCAGAAGGUGCGCGGUGGUGGCCCUGUUGUACAGUGUUAACUCUGCGGCUGCUCUUGGAGUUCUGUCCGGGGGGUUAACUCGGUGGUGCACUGUGACUGGCCACACAGCCCAUGCUCUAGGACACACCUGAUUAGGCAAAAGACUUGCUUUCAAAGGGGUGGCAGAAAGUCCAGCGAUGGAACCGAUGCGACUUGCGAUGUAAAGGUGACUCUCCCUGCAUGUUCUGAGAAGGGAGAUGAUGGAGUUGUCUAUUCCAAACCAAUUAACACACUGCCUGAUGUUGAUUGUAUGAAUUUGUGGUUAAUGUGAAUUUUGAACUCUAACAAAUCUACAACUGGAUUUUGGGGGGGAGGGAAGGGAUAGAAUGAUGCUUAAAUUCUUGUACCCAACUUGGUCAAUAAAGCAGCACAAGUUCAUAAUCUUAAUUACUGGUCAGUAAGCAGUAAUUGCAACAUAUGCCAGGACAGCUCUGUGAAGAAAUGCACAGUAUCAAAGUACGCUUUAUCAAGGUUAUCAACAGUUGUUCCAGUUGCAGAAUCAGUUCCUGCUGUUUUUGGUUGCUUUGGACUAUUACCAGAUUAACUCCUUGGGCUUGAAUUUUCUCUAAUGGUACUCUUCCCUCAAGGAGACAGCCCGAUCCAGAGUUUUGGCAGUUUGACAAGGAAGAGGAUGUAGAAAGAUUUUCCUACUUCUUUCCCCCCCCUUUCUUUUUAAUUUAAGAAGUAUUAGUUCUUUAGCUAUGUGCACUUUCACUUGGAAAAGGCAUUGUACACCUCUUGCCAGUGUUGUAUUGACUUACAAGCAGAUUGCCAGGGUUGUAUGGACUGAAGUAAUUGAGGUGCUUACUUCAGAAAAGUCUUUUGAGGUCUGUCUGCAUUCUUAUCUGUGAAGGAACAAAAUACAGUUUGUAUGCAGUAAAGCUUGCUCAGGCCUACAGCAAAUGACCUUUGCAACUGUAGUAGGAACACAAGAGAUGAAGAAUGGCUAGAACCUCUUCUUCCACAAAGUCAAGGCGACUUGUGUGUGUUCUGCCAACUGUUAAUGGAACAUGGUGUCUUUCUUUGCCCUAAAGGGACAGGGAUCAAUGUCUCAUGUUGUGUACAGCAGAGAAAUGGUAUUUGAUUCUCCACCACACGCUUCCAAGAAAUAAAUCCCCUUAUUAGUCUGUCAAAGUGCUCUAGAAAUGCUUAAGUUAAUUUUCAUGACGUAGUUUUCUUUGAUUAAACUUUUUCCCCUUUGGCUUCUUGCCUUCAGUCUCUGACUAAAUAUUUGAAGUUCUCUUUGCUUCAUUUGCUGAACAUUUGGAACGUGUAUGGAAACCAAAAGUAAAUAUGAUGGUACAGCAAUGGAAAGAUGUCUGGGAGAAAUGGGUAUUGUAUCUGUCUUAGCUGAAUCUGUGUUUUGGAUGUAUGACUUACAAGUAAUUAACAUGGGAUGUGGGAGCAACCCUUAAUCAGACUUCUGUUUAAAUGUCUGGUUUGGUAGAGCUAAAGCAUCAGAGAUGUUGAUCGUUCUGUUUAAUCAAUGGUGUCCACUGGUUUCACAGCUGUACAGUAUUAGAUCCGGGAACAUUCACUCUCUUGUACUUGUUACUUUGUUCUCUUUUUGGUUUAUAUUCCCCAUGUAUAAUGUAAAGAUCCAUGUUACCUUUUCUUGCAGCAAAGGGCAGAUGAAUGCAGUUCCGUUAAGAUUCCAUUUUAAAAAUAACUGUUUAGGCAAAUUGUGGCUUUCAUGCCUUAAAGAUGUGGUACUGUGUGUGGAUUUAACUUCUGGUCUUAAGGAAGACCUGGAAAAGAAAACAGUUAAGGUCUGUAAUGCCCUAAGUACAACAGUUCUUGAUUUGGGGGGGUUCCUGUUUUAGUUUCAUUCCUUGUUCUUUAGAAUGAUAUUUGACUCUCAAGCUAGUACAGCGAUGUGCUUCUGUUCAAACUUGUAAAUUUGAAUUGGUUUGAGUGUCCUUUGCAUGCAGGAGUAGAUAAGUAGUGAUUUAUUAAAAAGAACAACUAGGAAACACUUUCUUGGAACCUGGUUAUUUACGCAGCACUUCAGCUGUCUAAGAGGUGAACAGUCUGUGAGUCCUGCUGAUGGAAAACACGAUCCCAUUUGGCUCUUGGAUUUCCUCUUCUUGCAGAAUUGUUUCCCUAGAAGAAAUCUUGCUCAAAGUGCUUCUGAUUCCUCCCUUGAGGGAUGAGCAUUUUGAAACAGGUGCCUGAGAACUUGUAGCCAACUUCCACCGGAAUAAUUUCUUGGCGGUCUCCUUUGAUUGGCAGGUUUAAAAUAGU